AUGAUGACACGACGAAGCAAGAGACGACCUUGCUCGCAUGCAGGGAACGAAGGAGCAAAAUUUCAACAUAUACCAUUCGAUCUCGUUACGGAGAUAUUCUUGAGACUGCCGUCAGAGUCUAUAUCGAGAUUUCGCUGCCUAUCGAAGCUAUGGGAUUCCACAUUCAGAAGUCCAAAUUUCAUUGAAUCGUUCCGCACCAUAUCUUCAUCUCGUCGGAAGCUUUUGUUCGCAUGUGUAUCUGACAACAAAACGUUCUUCUUCUCAUCGCCACAGCGUCAAGAUUCGUCUCCUUUAACCGCCAGUUUUCUAACGAGCUUCCCUAUGAGUUAUCCCUAUGACAUUCAUCGCCAAUGGACUCUUGGUCCAACGGAUGGUAAUGUGCAAUCGAUAUGUAACCUUAGCACAGGACAAAUCUUAACCUUACCUGUAGCGAAAAAGAGAAGUUAUGUAGUGCAAAGCUCUCUAGGGUUUGAUCCAGUUGACAAACAGCUCAAAGUAUUGUGCACGACCGAGUCAAAUGAAAAUGGUUAUCCCGAAGAGCAGCACCAAGUUCUAACACUAGGAGAUGGAGACAAAAUGUCAUGGAGAAAGAUCAAAUGUGAUAUACCACAUUUUGAUGAUGUACAUCGUAAAGAUGGGAUAUGCAUCAAUGGUGUUUUGUAUUAUUUAUUUGUUGAUUAUAGUGAUGAUGAGGACUACGAUGAAGAGUUUCCUGAUAUAGUUUGCUUCAAUGUUAGGUCUGAGAAAUUCAGUUAUAUCAAGAAAGACAAGAAAUUUGCUGACUCGAGAAGAAAUUUUAAUUCAAAUCUGGUAAACUACAAGGGCAAACUAGCUAAGCUUAAGCUCAAGACUGGUCCGAACCAAGGAAUAUAUACAGAUAUUCAAAUGUGGGUUCUACAAGACGCCAAAAAACAUCAAUGGUCGAGUUAUACCUAUGUCUUGCCUCCUCCUUGGAAGUCUAUAGUUGCAGGGGCUACGUUGCGCUUUCUAGGAAUAACAAAUAAAGGUGAAAUUGUGAUGUCACCGUGGUGUAUAGGCAAGUGUUUCUACCUUGUUUACUACAAUCCCGAGAGGAACUCUCUCACUAAAGUUGAAAUCAAAGGAAUGCAAGCUUACAGGGGAGGUAAAGCUUACGUCUUUCUUGACCACGUAGAGGAUGUGAACCGUAUGCCAAAUAUAUAG